AUGGUCUGGCCUGCUACUCAAUUCGUCCUCCACCCUUUUUCACGAACCCCUGCACUCAAAAUCUUCGUUGUUUGCCCCAUCGAAUCCGGCGUUUUUUUCUUUUUCGACCUUCAAGAUCCGCAUGGGGGUUCUGAAGGUUUAAAGACAACUGAAGCUCCCUCCAGAAAAAACCAAACAACAACGACCGCCGGGAUUGUCAAUUCCAAAGGCUUGCCAGCCCUUCGAGAGCAUCCUAAAGGAGGAGGUUCAGGCGAGCCAGGUAGUUCGAAUUGGCCACCUUCCCCGAUCCUACAUACCUCAUCCCCGCUUGUUCGGGCGCGAAACGGGACGACAGACAGCCAGAAUCCUUUGAACCUUCUGAAGGCAGGCGCGCUGAACUCGCGCAGUUCGAGCACGACGACUGGGAACCAGAGCGGAUAUGAGCGAGCGAGUCAUAAGUCGAAGGAGCGCCACCAGAUCUCAGGCAAGAAGAAGUUCGAGUACGACCACACCGAGUUACAGAGUCUCGUCGGCCCCAGUCGCUCCUCCUCUAUCUCCUCCUCCCUCUCAUGCUCCUCCGACCUAUCCCAGACUUUUGCAAUGUCUGACCAAUCUGCCCCCGUCGAUCAGUCCUCCGACCAGAUCCGCAUCGUCGCUACUCACCCUCCUCAGCUAUCUGACCCCCCUUCUCAUCUCGACGUCGUCCAUCACCUCCCUUCCCCUGAUCAAAGAAGUCUUGAUUUGAAUCAUCAUCGCCAUCGUCACUCGCAUGAUGAUCUUCAUAAACAUCCUCAGUGA